AUGCAUAACUGCUACAUCGCAGCGCUACUUCUUCUCAGCAGCAGUAGCAAUGCCCUCGCAGAGCAGCGCACAACAGACGAGUUCACCUUCAGCUGCGAUCCAUUGACGACGCAACUGUCCGAUCCGAUAGUCGCGCCAGGGAAGCCAUCUACGCACACACAUGCCGUUACCGGGGGCACAGCAUUCCAGAGAACAAUGAAUGAGAGCACGGCGCAGAACGCAAAGGGGACGACGUGCGAAGUGGAUAUUGAUAGGAGCAAUUACUGGGUUCCACAGCUUUAUCAUCGCAUGAGAAAUGGAUCGUUUGAGCUCGUGGAAUACCAGUCCAGUAGUAUUUAUUACUUUGAUCGAGCGUGUAAUUAUACGGCUAGUGCUACGGAUUGUGAUGAGAAGCUGGUUCCAUUGGCGCCGCCGAAAGGUCUGCGCAUGCUUGCUGGGGAUCCGAGUCUUCGGACCUAUAAUGAUUCGAACUGGUCCCAGCGUGCGGUCAGUCAUAUGUGCAUUGGCAAAGAUGGAAGCUCAAAUGAAACGAAGGGCUUGCCUCAGCAGCCUUGUGAAAUCUUGAGGUCGCAGGUCUUCAUGCCUUCCUGUUGGGAUGGAGAGAAUCUGGACAGCUCAGAUCAUAAGAGUCAUAUGGCGUAUCCCGACACUGGAGACUAUAACAAGGGUGUUUGCCCCAAGUCUCAUCCCGUUGCGAUAUAUUCCAUCUUUCUGGAAUUCUUUUUCAACACAGCGCCCCAUCCAGACUACAAGAACUGGAUAUACGCGACAGGUGAUAAAACCGGAUACGGCUUGCACGGAGAUUUCAUGUACGGUUGGACAGACCAGGUCGCCUUGCAGCAGGCUAUAGACACCUGUACCGGUCCACAAGGAUUGACCGACCCAGACUGCUCGAUAACGAGAAACCAAACAAGAGACUUGGCUCCAAUGCCGCAGCCAUUGGAUGUACCUGCACCAGAUGACAAUAUUGGUCAACAUGGCCCCGUUGAUAGAUUGCCCGGUCAUCGUAACUGGGUAACUGAGCAUGACAAUUCAACCUUGCAUGGAUGA